GCGGCCAAACGGCUCCAGGAACAAAAAGGCUCUGAAGUGCAUCAAUUCCCCACGAGCAUGAGGAAAAGAUAGAUUUGAUCUCCCACGAUUCAAAAUGGCCUCUUUUGUUAAAAUUCGAGGGAGACGAGUACGACCAAAGUGGCGUUUCGACGGUGAAACGUCUCUGAACUGAACUUUGUUUUGUCACGAGCAAUAAAGUUUUGACCGCAGUGAGGGGGCGUGGCGUACGGCGUCAUCGGGGAGGCGCUAGGCGUCGUCGACGCUGUGGUCUUGCGUGUUUGUUGUUGUUGCAGUCUGCGUCUGAGACUAGACGAACGAGGCCGAGCCGAAAGCGAAGCCGAGGUGAGCGAGCGAAAGCGAAAGCGAGCGACGGGCCCUCAGGCACGGAAGCAAUCCGACAUGGACGAAAACAACAAGAUGCUGGCGGCGGGCAAAGCCAAGAAGCCCGGCAAGCGCGGCCGCAAGCCGGCCAAGAUCGACCUGAAGGCCAAACUGGAGCGAAGUCGCCAGAGCGCCAGGGAGUGCCGCGCCAGGAAGAAGCUGCGCUACCAGUACCUGGAGGAGCUGGUCUCCAGCAAGGAGCGGGCCAUCUGCGCGCUCAGGGAGGAGCUGGACAUGUACAAGCAGUGGUGCUCAGCCAUGGACCGGGGCAAGAUCCCCGCGGAGAUCCGAGCUCUGCUGACGGCCGACGACCAGCACCGAGGACCCGCCACGGCGGGGAGCGGCACCAAGACGCUCAAGAGCGCCAAGAUCCAAAGCAACGCCUGACGAGCGGACGACGGCCACCGUCCCCGAAAUCCGUCGCCGCGUCCUCCCGACUUUGCAAAGUUCCGGCCGAGCCCGUCCCCGGCUGACUUCGGGGUGCGGUAGGACCGGAGGCCAGCCUGCUCGCGGGACGCAACCAGACGCGCCCGCGUUUCCACUCGCAAACUUUUUGCCGGGGUGGGGGGGCCGCCGCCUUUUUUGACAUUUGGGAGAAAAACCAGUAAUAAAAACGGUCAACUCCACAAUCGCAUGGCGUACAGUCAAGUGAAAUCAGAAAUCACACUUGGCGGUCCGGGGACGCUCUCUUUGAGGCUCGACGCGCGUUCGAAGCCAGACCGGCCACCCAAACCUUUGCUCGGACUUCCCGAUGGAAAGCGGCAAGCGGUUGGCCCGCUAACUCCCUUGCUUGGAACGUUGCACAUACCUCGGGUCAAACGUUUCCCAGCUCCCUGUGCCGUUUGCUGUCCAAUGUCGCUUCCACGCCGCCUCCCGUUUUCUUGCGAAUGUCGUCCCGUCGCUCGUUUGUCUCGCGCGGCGAGCCUUUCUUGUUCCUGGAAAUAAAAUUCUAUUCGCCUUUCA